GAGGGUAUCGUUGCGAUUGGACACGAUCAAACUUACGGACGUCAUGCGCGAACCUAUCAAUUUGUCAAGUAUCACAUCUGGGCGCCUUGUAACGCUUGCGUGACAUGUCCGAGUGCUAUAACAGAUGGAGGUGCGCAAUUGCUGAAACUGCAGUUGGCGAAGAAUGAUCUGGACGAAUCGCGAAGAGCGAUCUUUGAAGAUUACUACAAACGCCUUACCAGCCGUUAUCCGGAACAAGCAUGGACGAGUGGUCAGUGGAUGACCGAACGGCCUGGCGGCAGUGAUGUGAGGGCUACAGAGACACAAGCUUUCGAUUUCCCGCUGGGCCCGAUGUCCAUCACUGGCUUCAAAUGGUUCUCAUCUGCCACCGAUGCCAAUGCGACGGUACUACUUGCGAAGGAGCCCGAUGGCAGUCUAUCGUCCUUCUUCACACCGAUGAGAAGGACUUCUUCGGGCAUUGACACAACCGACACCGAACUCAACGGAGUCCAGAUCCAAAGACUGAAGUCCAAACUAGGCACUCGCGCGCUCCCUACCGCCGAACUCGUGCUUACUGACAUGCGAGCUUGGCGUGUGGGAAAGCCAGGACAAGGCGUCAAAGAGAUAAGCACGAUCUUGAAUAUCACUCGACUGCAUACUGGGAUGACCGCGAUUGGCCUUCUGGGUCGGGGUCUUGCUGUUGCGAGAGCUUUUGCAAAAGUCAGAAGAGCCCGCGAUCGGCUUCUAAUGGAUACCCCUGUGCAUGUUCAUACACUGGCAAAGUUACAUGUUGAGUAUCGCGCAGUGAUGUUCCUUACCUACUACACCGCCGCUCUUCUAGGAGUCUGUGAAGGUCAACAAGGACCGUCAAUCAACGAGUUACGCUGCGAACAAUCAGAACUUGUGUCAGAUGAAGCAGCACCUCUGAUUCUCAGAUUACUCACACCUUUAGCGGAGAUGACGGCGGCAAAGGUCUCGAUUGCAGGGUUGGCGGAAUGUAUGGAAAGUCUAGGGGGACUCGGCUACCUCGAGAACGAGGAUGCGGCGCUCAACAUAGCUCGACUCUUCCGCGAUGCAAAUGUGCUCAGUAUCUGGGAAGGCACGACUAAUAUCAUGGCUGACGACGUGAUACGCAUUGUCAAAGGCUCCGUUGGUCCUGCGACACUAGCUGCGCUGGACAGUACGGUUUCAACAGCUACAGAGAGAUGGCGCCGCAACGGUGGGAUCUUUUCAAAGUCGAAGCAGCUCUGCCACGCCUGGGCAGAGCAGCUCGAAAUUCUGUGGACAGACGUGCGAUGUAAUGUUGAGCUGAUGAGCAAAGAGGAACUUUUAUCGAGGGGCAGAAUUCUUGCAAAGGAGCUGACUUGGGUCAUUUGCUCUGUGCUGCUAGCAGAAGAUGCUCUGAGCGAUGGAGACGCAGCCGCAGUAGAGGUUUGUGACCGAUGGAUU